AUUUAAAAUCCGUCUAUUUAUUCAUUUCGAGUGCCGGGUAUUAAUUUUAUAGAAGCAGAUCGUUUAGAAAACUCUCUAUUUGUCAUACUGUGUUGUUUUUUCCUUAUAUGUCGGUAUUUCCUAUUAAAAAGAUGUAUUUAUAGAGGGAUGGACCAGGGCUCGAUAGGCCUUUUUUUUGCUGUCGGGUCCCGUUAGCUAGCCUAGCUGUCCGCUCAGAGCCGCGGCGAGAACACGGCCGACAAAACUGCGCUUUUCCCUCCCAUUACUUGUCGCCCCUUAUUUUUUUAAAUACUCAAGCAAAAAUACGGGAAUUGCUUUUGUAAUUAUUUUCCAGAUGUUCUGUGCGUGUUAAGGGGUCGUUUGUUUGCAGUGUAUAUGUGGGAAUAGUGAAAUACGGCUGUAUUUCUUGCACUAAAGGCUUCCCUCGGGAGUUCAAGCCCUGUUGGCUCUCUGUCUUCGGAGGAUCAUGACUUUGACCCGACAGCAGAGAUGCUGGUUCAUGAGUAUGAUGAUGAGAGGACUUUAGAGGAAGAAGAGGCACAGGAGGAAGAUAAGAACUUCAGUGCUGAACUGGCUGAUCUGGAGAAGGAAGGGAAUAUGCCUCUUGACGAACUAUUGGCCAUCUAUCGUUAUGAACCAUCAGUCAGCACGACUGCAGGGUCGAGUAUGGACAGCUCUUCUGGAGAGCUAGCUGAUGACCUUCCGGACAUGACCUUGGAUAAGGAAGAGAUAGCAAAAGAUCUGCUGUCAGGAGACUAUGAGGAAGAGACACAGUCUUCAGCUGAUGAUCUGACCCCAUCUGUUACCUCCCAUGAAGCCACAGACUUCUUUCCCAGAACACUCAGAUCCAACACUACAUAUGACGGUGAUAAAGAGUCUGAGGGAGAGGAGGAAGGUCUUAGUCCAGAGGAUUCAAGGAAGGAAAUAAUGGUUGGAACGCAGUACCAAGCAGAGGUUCCUGUGGGCUUGAGCUUCUACUCUGAUGACAAAAUGUUUGAAGAAGAGGAUCAGUUGCUCUGGUGCCCUGACUUUUUAUCUGAGAGGAAAGUGGAGGACUACCUCAGAAAAGUGCUGUCUCAGACUGCAGAUGUUAGCACAGAUAACCCUACAUUUGGAGGACACAUACGAGACAAUGAACAGGCUUUGUACGAACUUGUGAAAUGUAACUACAAAACAUCCGAGGCCCUAGUGGGAUACUGUAAUAAUCCUAAAUCCUCAAAAGCAGAAUCACCACCCUGGUCUGAAGAGGAGUGUAGAAAUUUUGAGCAUGCGCUACAGAUUUAUGAAAAGAACUUCCAUCUAAUUCAGAAAAACAAGGUUCCAACGAGGACAGUAGCAGAAUGUGUGGCCUUUUACUACAUGUGGAAAAAGUCUGAACGGUUUGACUAUUUUGUUCAGCAAAACCGGUUUGGGAAAAAGAAAUAUAGCAUUUACCCUGGUGUGACAGACCUGAUGGACCGAUUAGUGGAUGAAGCAGAGGGUCUGGCCGUGGACGGCUCUUCGUCUAUGUGUUCAGGAGGAGGUGGAGGGAGAAUGGAGGUGUCUGCGGAACAGCAGCUUGGCCUUCUCAACACAAUCACUGCCAGUGACCUUACAGCUCUAAGUAACAGCGUGGCGUCCGUGUGCAGUCAGGCCGAUGUGAGCUGCUUAGAUUCGUCUUACUUCCCCCCGUUGGAGACUUUCCACCGUGGAGGGCUGACUCAUGAUGAAGCUACUAUGGGUUACGGAGCAAACGGUGAUGCUGGCUGCCUAGGCGUCCUCGAUUCGACUCUGUAUCGAUCGGAGCUCAGCCAACUCAGCGUGUGCAGCAGCAAGGAGUGCGAGCGUCCCUCCAAACGCCUUCGGAUGGGCCUUGCUGACUCGUUCAUCAACGACACACACCGCAUCACGGGGGCCAAGAUGGCUGUGUCGCUAACGGACUUCAGCAGCAUAGCGAGUGGAGACGCGAGCGCUUUCAUCAGCUCACAUUCACGCCAUCACCAGCACACUGCACUGCAGUCUGACUGAGAUACACACACACACACACACCCUGCUCCCAAACUGUACAGAUCCAAACACUGACUGAACUUUGGUUUAUUUUCUAAUUGUGUAUAAAUAUACUUUUUGUAAUAUGA